AUGCAGACCUCAUUCACCACUAUCGUCCAUCUCAUGGUCGCCCUCUUGGCCAGCAGCGCAGUCGCCGCUCCAUUGACCACCACCGAAAACGAGAAACCCAGGCUCCUACCCCGCCUGGAUUCACGCUGCGCCGACGAGGGGUACGGAUGCAACCUCCGGUGCUACCCAAACACCGACGUGUGUGGCUGGGUCGCCAUUCCUCCUCCCAGUACCAAAGCGACUACCAAGCGCGAAGAGAUCAACGCGGCCGCCGAGGUCUAG